AUGCGUAUUUGUUCUUGGAAUAUAAAUGGUCUUCGCUCAUUACGACAACCAUUACGAACUGUACUUGAACAGCUUGAUUGUGAUAUAAUAUGUUUUCAAGAAACGAAAGUUACGCGUCAAGCUCUUGCUGAAACAUAUGCUCGAAUCGAUGGUUAUCAUACAUUUUAUAGUUGGUCUCGACUUCGACAAGGUUAUUCUGGUGUAGCUAUUUUUUGUAAAAAUUUUCUAACACCAAUUCGAGCUGAAGAAGGACUUGCUGGAAAAUUACAUACAACAAUUGAUGAUAGUUUAGGUGGUGAAUAUCCUUCGAUGGAUGAGAAUGAUCUUUUAGCAAUUGAUAGAGAAGGUCGUGCAAUUAUGACCGAACAUGAACUUGAAGAUGGUACAAGUCUCGUUGUUAUUAAUGUUUAUUGUCCUCGUGUUGAUAGAGAUAAACCUGAACGAUUAACUUAUAAAUUAAAUUUUUUCUCUGCAAUUGAACAACGUGCUAAAUAUUUUUUAGAACGUGGCUGUCGUGUUAUUGUUGUUGGUGAUCUUAAUGUUUCUCAUAAACCAAUUGAUACAUGUGACCCAGGAGAAGAUCUUAAUUAUUUUAAUUCUAGUCCAUCACGUCUUUGGUUUUCAAAAUUUAUUAAUAAUGAUAUUUUUAUUGAUACAUUUCGUUAUUUACAUCCAGAUCAACGUGAAGCUUAUACAUGUUGGGAAACAUUAUCAAAUGCUCGAGUUAAUAAUUAUGGUGUACGAAUUGAUUAUAUUCUAUGUGAUGGUAUUGUAUCAAAAUUACAUCUUGUUAAUUGUGAACUUCGAAUUGAAAUUGAAUCCAGUGAUCAUUGUCCAGUUAUUGGAGAAUUUAAUUUUAUAUUUAAAGAUCAUUCACAAAGAAAACCACCAUCCAUAUGUACAAAAUUUUGGCCAGAAUUUAAAGGUACACAAAUGAAAUUAAAUCAAUUUAUUGUUAAAACGAAACGUAUACGUGAUGAAGAAAUCAUUAUUGAUGAUAAUAAUCAUUCUACUUAUCUGCGUCUUGAUGAUGAACUUUUUUUUUUCGUCAAAAUAACAACUAAUCAGUCAAAUGAAAAAAUCAUUGACAAAUCAACAGUAAUCGAAAGUAAACCUCCAUCAAAAAAAAUCAAAUCAGAUCAAUCAUCAAUUUUUCAACAUUUCAAACGAACUUCUCAACCAAAACUCGUUCCUUCUAACAAUUCAAUAUCUAAAAAUACGGAAGUUAUUUCUUCAUCAAAUAUUGAAUCGAACGAAAAAUCAACGACAAAAACUACAUGGAAUCAAAUUUUUCGUCCUCCAACACCACCACCAUUAUGUUCUGGUCAUAAAGAACAAUGUGUUAUACGUAAAGUUAAAGAUACAUCAUCUGUUAAUUGGGGACGAUAUUUUUAUGUAUGUUCACGUGCUAAUGGUGCUCCGGGCAAUCCACAAGCACGAUGUGAACAUUUCGAAUGGAAAGAAAUCAAGAAAAAGACAAUUUCAAUGAAUUAA